CUAGCCUCGCUCGCUGCUGUGUGGGAGAGCGGCGGCGAGGCUAAAAUAGCAUGUUGUUGCACCUGUAAAACAGGCCUGACUGAGACAUUUAAAUUGAUUUAAUUUACCGGUGCUAGCGUCCACUUGACGUAUUUGACGUUUUGUUGGUGGACUCAACUAGCAAAUGAUAUAAAUCUUCGCAGCGGACGUGUAAAAGCCCUGCUCGUUUUAAGGCUAUAUAACGUUAACGUUACAAUGCGUUAAUUUUCUUACUAACCGUUAGAUAACGUCAUAUAUGAGACAAGGUGUAAGUUAUACAAAUAAGCUAAUGUACAGAGGUGAAACCCAUUAGUUUGCCUACAUUGUUAUGUUUACCUUUAGGGUAGUGGUCGGUAUUUAACGCAUAAAAUAGCCUAGUAAUUUCCUUGUCAUCAUUCUCUGCUUUUAUCUACCACUAACAAGCUGUUUUGUUAAAUAUUAUACAUGUUUACCGUGCUUCAUAACAAAAAAAACGCAUUUAGCUUUGUUUAUUAACCAGGUUUAAUUGAGGAAUGUUAUUUAUCAUCCAGAUGUUGUAAGUCAACUCCAGUUGGACUUUAAAAAAAACAAAAAAAAACAUGUUCACCCAGUAACUACAGAGUAGCAGUGUUAUCACUGAAAUAAAAAGGUAGUCCUUCUGAGUUUACCACUGUCUUGUAUCCACACAACAACUUCUGUAUAAGCUGUAUAAUAUCACAGUAAUUGCAAUAAUCACAGUGCAGUAGUAGUAGUAGUAGUGCAUUAGCAUCCAGUAAGAGCAGUAUGAGUAAGGAACUGUCUUUAAGUCAGUCCGCUCAAUAUGUUGGGCCAUAUCGACUGGAAAAAACACUGGGAAAGGGACAGACAGGACUGGUCAAGCUCGGGGUCCAUUGUAUUACGGGUCAGAAGGUAGCGAUCAAAAUAGUCAACAGAGAGAAGCUGUCUGAGUCAGUCUUGAUGAAGGUUGAGAGGGAGAUUGCCAUUCUGAAACUGAUUGAGCAUCCGCAUGUGUUGAAGCUGCAUGAUGUUUACGAGAAUAACAAAUAUCUAUACCUGGUGUUGGAGCAUGUGUCAGGAGGAGAGCUGUUUGACUACCUGGUAAAGAAGGGCCGGCUAACUCCGAAAGAGGCCAGGAAGUUCUUCAGGCAGAUCAUCUCUGCUUUGGAUUUCUGCCACAGUCACUCCAUCUGUCACAGAGACCUGAAGCCUGAGAACCUGCUCCUGGAUGAGAAAAACAACAUCCGUAUUGCUGACUUUGGCAUGGCCUCCCUACAGGUGGGAGACAGUCUGUUAGAGACCAGCUGUGGAUCACCACAUUACGCUUGCCCUGAAGUCAUUCGGGGAGAGAAAUAUGAUGGACGGAGAGCAGAUGUGUGGAGCUGUGGGGUCAUUCUUUUUGCUCUGCUGGUGGGUGCCCUGCCGUUUGACCAUGACAAUUUACGCCAGCUCCUGGAGAAAGUGAAGAGCGGGGUGUUCCACAUGCCACACUUCAUCCCGCCGGACUGCCAGUCCCUGCUCAAGGGCAUGAUUGAGGUCAACCCUGAAAAGAGGCUCACGCUAGAGACCAUCCAGAAACACGCCUGGUAUCUGGGUGGUCGUAAUGAGCCGUGUCCCGAGCAGCCUCCUCCCAGGAGAGUGUGUGUGAGGCGAAUCUUGUCCCUGACUGAGCUGGACCCAGAUGUGUUGGACAGCAUGCACUCGCUGGGCUGUUUCAGAGACCGAGUCAAGCUCACACGUGAUUUGCAAUGUGAAGAAGAAAACCAGGAGAAGAUGAUCUAUUACCUACUGCUGGACAGGAAAGAGCGCUACCCCAGCUAUGAGGAUGAGGACUUGCCUCCGCGCAAUGACGUAGCAGACCCUCCUCGAAAGCGCGUGGACUCUCCGAUGCUGACGCGCCAUGGACGCUGCCGCCCUGAGAGGAAGAGCCUGGAGGUGCUGAGUGUUACUGAACAGGGGUCUCCCACCCCACCUCGCAGGGCCCUGGACACAGCUGCACACAGCCAGAGGUCUCGCUCAGUCAGUGGAGCGUCCACUGGUCUUUCCUCCAGCCCUCUCAGCAGUCCCAGGUCCUAUCAAAGCCCCGUCUUCACUUUCAGCCAAUCAGACGUCACCUCUGCCACCGCUACGCCCCUCACAAAGGAGCCCAAACAGGGAAGCACCACUACUCCUCGCUCAGCACGGGCUCAUGACAAGCCCAAAGCUCCCCCCCAUCCAAAGACCCAGACCCUGCCCACCAAGGGACCUGCCGACCGACCCCAUCUGCAGCCCAUCAAAUCCCUGCCUCUGCACAACCCAUCCUCCCGCUCACCCUCCCCUUCUCCGCUCCUUUCACCUAUACCCCGUUUCUUCUUCCCUUCGUCCUCUGUCCUUAAGUCAGUGACUAAGAGCUUCUACCCAAACUCUGCCCACUCUGUGCCGCAGGUCACUCCCCAGGGCUCUCCGUUGCCCACACCCUUGGGCACCCCUGUCCACCACCCUCACCACCCUUCCUCCACCCCGCCCUCUUCUUCCUCGUCCUCGUCCUCCUCGCGGGCGGAGGGAGGGGGAGGGGUGGGCUCAUUGUCGCUGACACCGCCCUCCAGCCCAGGUGGGGGAAGCGGCAUGGCGGCCAGCAGCUCUGCCCACUGGAGGACUCGCCUCAAUUCUUUCAAGAAUAAUCUGCUGGGCUCACCCCGAUUCCAUCGCCGUAAACUGCAAGUUCCCACAUCAGAAGACAUGUCUAGUCUAACACCAGAAUCCAGCCCUGAGCUGGCUAAGAAGUCGUGGUUUGGGAACUUCAUCGGCCUGGAGAAAGAGGAGCAGAUCUUUGUGGUGAUCAGAGACAAACCUCUGAGUUCUGUCAAAGCUGACAUUGUCCACGCCUUCCUGUCUAUCCCGUCACUCAGUCACAGCGUCCUCUCCCAGACCAGCUUCCGGGCCGAGUACAAGUCCUCCGGCGGCCCUUCCGUCUUCCAGAAGCCCGUCAAGUUCCAGGUGGACAUUGCCUUCUCCGAGGGCGAGAGGGAGCGGGACAGGGAGAGGACCGAGAGGGAGGGAAGGAGGGAGACGGGAAUCUACAGCGUGACAUUCACCCUCAUAUCAGGUCCAAGUCGCAGGUUCAGACGAGUGGUGGAAACGAUUCAAGCCCAGCUUCUCAGCUCCCAUGAUCAACCCAUGGUGCAAGCCCUAUCUGGUGAGACUGCUUACACACGAACAAACACAAACCAGAAUGAGAAGAACGGCCGGCCCCACGGGACCCCCACCCGCCAAAACUCGAGGCGCUCCGAGGGUGGGGGCGACAGGUGUGAGUGGGGCGACCGAGCAGAUGGCGGAGGCAUAGGAGGCAGCGGGGGAGUUCUGCAGCGCAGAGGCUCGGCAAAAGAGAGAACCCGACUGCUGUCCUCCAAUGGAACCCAAUCUCAACCAUAGGAUAGAAAGUGAGAGCACGCAGCAGGAUGCCUGAACUACACCGGAAAGAAGACAGUAGUAUAACUUCAUCUCCAAGUAUCCCUGCAAGCCAUGAGCUAUUCCUAUUCUUCCUUGACUAAGUUAUUGAAGGUGCUUGACCAUAGCAAGAAUUGAGCCUUUUCCCCGUCAUGCUUUUUUUUUCUCAACAUUGUCUUGAUCCUUUCUGGAUCACCAGGAUUCCCUUAAAUGAGAACGAAGUGUUUAAGGAAUCACCCUUCAAUGAAAAAAAAUUAUAUGUUAAUGAGCCGUUUGGUAUCCAUCAUAGAUACAGCUUCACAAAUCAAACUAGGAAUUUUGAAGUGCUAAUGUGCAUGCCAGUUAGCAAAUCAGCCUGCUAAAGGAUGCUGACAUGAUCAGAUAGGCUAGUCUACCAUAUCAUUGUAAUACAGUAUCUGACACCAAAAAGAAAUAACACUCUUGUGAUGGUUCUCAAGAUUACUCUUAAAAUUAACCAGUGCGCUCAUAUCACUAUCAAGCAACAUGCAAUUACCAAUCCAUACUGAAAGAAAUAUAGAUGUAUCUCAGCAGAUGAACCCUAAGAGUUAGCACCCUGCUACCACUUCAGUGAGUGGUGAUGAGCUGAAUAAAAGGUCCUGAUUUUCUCAGGAGAAACUACAUCCUGGAAAUGAGAAUUCCAGCAGUGUCUUCUCCUGAGGUAAAGAAAACCAACAAAGUAAGCUAAGUAAGUGAAUGUGAAAAAAAAAUAUUUUUUUAUUUAGUUUUUAUUUAGGUUUACAUAUUUCUUUUGAGGAUGUCAGUAGCACAGUGAUAGCAGUGAAGACAGAGAACACGUCAAGUGUUGGUAAGGAGAAGCCGACCAGUUGCUUCUUGGCGGGCAUUCGUUUCAAGUUAAAUGUUUUGAUUCUUUUGUAUUUUCUUUUGACUCAGAGACAAUAUGAACUAAUGCAUCUACGAUUUUUGCAUUGGACCCCUGUUGCUCUGAAGAAAAGUAUUUUUGAUUUGAACAGAAAUAUGAACAUUACUAUAUGGAGAAAAAAAAAAAAAACACUAUGCGUGAAUAGUUCCAUGAACCUCAUCACAGCUGUUUGUGCCCACAUUGAAUGAGAAGAGCAUUCCUGGCCUGUGGAUCAGACAGAAGCCACCUUUCUUGUCAAGCUUGUCUUCUAUUGCCAUAGUAUUCACGCACUGACUCUGAAAAAAAGAAAAAAAAAAAGAAAAAGAAAAAAAAAAAAACCCACCAAGGAAAUUCAUCAGUGGACAUUUUCAUGAUGCCGGACUCACAACUCUUGCGAUGUCAAUUCCUUGUUGAACAGGACUUCAAAAUGGGAAGCAAGCUAAGAGUCACCUAACCCCCCUCCCCCCCAUAUGCGCCUCACGUCAGUGUUCACCAACAAGCCAAGUAGUCCAUCACUGCACCCACGCUCAUCACUGAAGAGUCGCCGCAUUCUGCAAGCAGAAGUAGCAACUCGAGACAGUCAUGUAGUAUUACUCCAGUACUCUAUCAGACUAGCCGAUGUUCAUCACCAGUCUUCCAUACAGCACAAUAUGCAACAAAAGAGCAGAAUGUUUUCAGAGAGAUACACAGUGCUACAGUUCAGUUUGUUUGAUAACUUUUUUUUUUUUUUUUUUUGGUUUACAUAUUUGUUCACUUAUCUAUCCAUCUAUUUAUUUAUUAAUUUAUAUUUAUUUAUGUAUUUAUUUAUUAAGUUAUUUGGUCAUGUGGUUGUUCGUGUCAUGUACGAUUUCUAGUUUACAAGCUAGAUUUUAUGCCAACAAAAAUAUAUAUCAAGAGCUAAUUCAAGAAACCCGUUGUAUAUCAUUUCUCAUUACUAUUUCUUUGAGCGCUUCUUUCCACUCAAAAGAACGACUUUGAUAGCAGUACUGACAAGUUGCUCUCAUCUUACUUCUCCAAUGAUCUUUGUUUAUAUCUCACAUCUCUUUUAUCACGCUUAUCUCUGCUACCGGGAAAUGUGUGUGGGAGAUGGGUGGAUGGAUGGCUGAGUGAGAGUGAGCUGAAGACUUUGUAGCAGAUACAUUUUGAGCUGGUUCAUGUGCGGAGCCUUCGUCAGGUGUUCUGUCGAGAUGUGUGGCUGACCCAGGAAUAUUAAAUGGAUUAACACAGCCAAUCCCUAACAGGCACAUCAUUUCUCUCACACACAUUGAAUGCUUGCUAAUUAGCUUCUUCAUCUCUUUGCUUUUAUGCCUUGUCCCUUUGACCUGUCUGUCUGCCUUCACCUGUCGUGUAGCCAUCAUCAGCACAAGAGAAACUGUUUCAAAGUUGUUUGCCUCACUGUCCGUACACACUUUAUGAUUGCUCACCGUCAUCAGUUUCAUCUUUCUCAUCACCACAUCACCUUCACUUUCAUCUUUCAUUGACCCAACUCUGGCUAAGAUUGUAAACUAUUCUCCAUCCAUAAGGGUCAGUAGAAUAAGGUGUUUAAAAAAAGAAAUGUCUGUAUCAUAAUUUAAAUAUAAAAAGUGCACUAUUAUAACUAUUGCCUGUGAUAAAAAGAACAAUUAUGAUUGAAUUGAUGGUCAAAAUAAAGAGAGAUCCACCUUAUUGUUAUGGUUACAAUAAUAAACCCUAAAUUCA